UGCUCUCGAAUCUGGUUGACAUAGACACCGACGAGAUUCCUCCUGGCUGCACUCAGGAAGACUCAUUGCUGCUAUUGUUCCUUAUUCAAUUACUGCCUCGAGGCUCAGGUUAGGAUCACGCACUUCUGGUUUCCGGCGCCUUUAUAGCUCUGGUAGCCAGAGACCAAGGGUAUCUCCCGCCGGUCCCUACAAUAUCCAACAUUCUAGUCCCGCAUAUACAUUUCAUAAUGGCUGAUGAACGUCCCCCUUCCCCCACACUGUCCGUUGCGGCGACAGUGCCGCCUCCUAACACGGAGAACAUAACGGAGUUGAUGACGAUAAUGAAGAGCACGAUGGACCAACUGGGCGAAACGUUUGAUGCUUUGGGUCAGACUGGAACUCGCGUGGAGGAUCUCCAGGCGGAGCCUGCCCUCGAUAGUGUGUCCCAAAUCCAAGCAUUGCGUCGCCAUCUUGUGUACCAGGAUCGGCGGCAAGUCCAAAGAAUGGAGGACAUUAAAGAUAUCGUGGACUACCUUGAAGGCGUGAUUAUCCGAGAGGUGGAGGGCAUUAUCGACCAGGAAGUCGAGGGACAAGUAGCUGAAAGGCUCAAAAAACAUAUUCCUGACCAUUUGCAACAUAUGGUGACUGAGCACAAACGGCAACUGGACGACGUAACGAGGAACUUGAACAAUGUUGAAGCUCGGAGGAGAAAUGCUGCGCUGAGGCAUAACCGUGGCGAUGGUUCGAUUCAUCCUCUGUACCUCCCUUCGGCAAAACCAAGCGACAAUUUCCCUAAGAAUUUGGACGAGCUUAUCGAUGUUGAAGCCGAAAAGCUAGCCAAUAUGAUGCUAGAGUAUGGUCUGCAGCCAGGCGAGUCGAGAGAAAAGGUGGGUAGUAGCAUUACUUUCCUUCGGAUGGUAACGGGAGUCUGACUGGCUUGUUCUCUAGAACCUGAACCGCUUCAUGAAAUUCUGUCAUAUUGGAUAUGAGGUUGUGCCACUGAACGACAAAGCAGAAUAAGAUAUAGUUUGGUGUCUUAUGCUGUCUUCAUUCCCGG